UUCAACUCACGCUUGCUUCGGAAUUUUUUAAUAGCUUAAUAAUUAUUUGAAGUCCCGGAAUACAGCUAGUAUUUUAAUAACAUUUCAUUCGUAAUUAUUUAUAUAUAGAUUAGGGAUUAUACCUUCUAUUAUAUUUACACACCUGUCAAAAAUUGUCAUAACAAAAACACCCUAGUAAAUAAUCAUGUUUUCUACAAAAUGAGCAGUCCCAAUUGUGGCAAAAUACAUAAAUAUAAAAGACCAAAACAAAGAACAACGUCCAUAACAAGACCAGACUCAUCAACAUUAAACAAUGUAAACAAUCAGGAUGGACAUAAAACAACCCAACCACUUUGUUCUUUACUGGCCAAAGAUUCUGAAUGGGUGGACGUUUUACAGUCUCCAAUGAUAGAAACAAAUAAAUCAUCCAACAAUGUCUCUGACGAGGAGGAAGUAUUGCAGCUCGUAGAAUGUAAAGAAGAUCCUCAAAUGAAACCUCUGGCUAUAAUGUUUCCUGGAUUGCUAAAAAAAGAUCCGCAAACAUUACAAGAAAUGUUAACUAGGGCUAUGUCUACAACCGAAGUAACGAAGCACUUGGUGGAGUUGGGUCAAAAAGCAAAUUUCACUCUUAUGAAAAAAGCUACUCGCCUGAUACCUCGAGAUAAGCAAUGGCUAGAAAGUCUGACUGAAAAUAGCAAUUCAAACAGUUCAAUAGCAUCUGAAUAUUUCAGCGAGAGUAUUACGAAUCACAAUAACACUGGUGGCGAGAUCGUAGAACACUAUGAACCGAAACGAAAUAUACCUGAAAUAAAACAAACUAAUGACUAUUCAGUGCCAAAUAUAUCUCAAAAUACAUCAAUCAAUGUGGAUCAAAUACUGUCAGAUAUAAUUGACGAUGGAAAGGAAAGCUCAACAGGAAGAUAAAUCGUUCACAUUCGAUGACUGACAAACCAGAUAUAUAUAUAAAUAUCUCUAAUAACUUUGAUUAUAAGUAAAUACAAAAAUAAGCCAAUAAAGGGCGUUUAAAUUUUCUCCCCGACUGCCAAAAAUAAAGAAAUAUGCCAAUGAAACAUAGCCUAUCGACGAUUUUUUCACUUUAGA